AGGAAGUUACCCAACAACGACAGCAGAUUUUGAUUUUUGACCUGUACAAUCGAUUUUUUUUAACAGUAAUGUUGUUUUUCGCAACAACAUAACUAAGGUUUAAAGUCGAUGUUCAUGCAGUAUUGCUUCGAUUAAGCGUGGAAAACAAUAAAGCAAUCUCGCAGUAUGGGGACCGCGGUGGGAUUUGCGUUUAGAAAACUUUUAGUCUAUUUGUCGGCCGUGGUCAUGGUUUGCUUUGCGGUCAUACAUAUGUUCUUGCUUAAACUCAUAUCAAUCGUAUCUCCGGGCAUGGCGAAAAACAUGCUAUUAGAACGCGGAAAGAAGUCUACGAUGACCCAAAAUCCCAAAUUCAAAUACGAAGACUGGGGUCCGACGUUCUUUUCUUGGGUGUUCGUUAAAACCGUGUUCUCCGUGAACUGGUGCUCGCUUGGCCUCGAGGCGUUUGAGGGACACGCCGCCCCAGAUACGCCUGUUUAUACUGUGGACAGACAGAAAACAAGUAUUCAGCGUUAUCUUAAAGGUAACCGUCCACUGGUUCUGAGUUUUGGAAGCUGCACAUGACCCCCAUUUCUUUACAAACUUGAUGAGUUCAAACAGCUCGUCAAGGAUUUCAGUGAUGUGGCAGAUUUCCUGGUUGUUUACAUCGCUGAGGCUCAUGCAACCGAUGGUUGGGCCUUUGCAAACAAUGUUGACAUCAGUGUGCAUAAGAACUUGGAAGAGAGACUGGCUGCAGCCCGGGUCCUGGUCGGGGAAGACCCCCUUUGCCCUGUCGUAGUGGACGAAAUGAGCAACAUCACUGCCAGCAAGUACGGUGCUCUACCUGAGCGUCUGUACGUCCUUCAGGCUGGGAAAGUUAUCUAUCAGGGAGGCAUUGGUCCUUGGGGGUACAAGCCUGAAGAUGUCCGUAAGGUUUUGGAGAGAAUGAAAUAAAAAAAUCCCGGAGUAUAGGGAAAAAUUGAGGAAUGGGGGUUUAAAGUCGGCACAUUUUUGUUAGGGUCUAUUAGGUUGAAAAUUCCAUUCAAAUAAUGCAAAUAAAAUCCUUUCUGUAAGUGAAAUUACUUGCAAAGCUUUAAAAUGUACCAAACCGAUAUAAAUACAAAGAAAAC